GGGGGGUGGCGCCGCGCGGAGCCUCCCCGACUUCCCCGAGUCAGUCGAGUCCCACCCUGAGGAAUAUGGAGGUGGCCGGAGGAGCCGAGACUGAGAUCCGGCCUCUGAAGCCGUGUCUGCUGCGCCGCAACCACAGCCGCGAGCAGCAUGGCGUGGCGGCCUCCUGCCUGGAGGAGCUGAGGAACAAGGCCUGUGACAUUCUGGCCAUUGAUAAGUCCCUGGCACCAAUCACCCUGGUCCUGGCAGAGGAUGGCACCAUAGUGGAUGAUGAUGAUUACUUCCUGUGUCUGCCUUCCAACACUAAGUUUGUUGCAUUGGCCAGUAACGAAAAGUGGACGUACAACAAUUCAGAUGGAGGUACAGCUUGGAUUUCCCAAGAGUCCUUUGACGUAGAUGAAACGGACACUGGGGCAGGGCUGAGGUGGAGGAAUGUGGCCAGGCAGCUGAAAGAAGACGUGUCCAGCAUCAUCCUCCUGUCCGAGGCAGACCUCCAGGUGCUCAUUGAUGCUCCGUGUUCAGACCUGGCUCAGGAACUCCGCCAGAGCUGCGUCACCGUCCAGGGGCUCCAGAACACCCUCCAGCAGGUCCUGGACCAGAGGGAGGAAGCCCGUCAGUCCAAGCAGCUCUUGGAGCUUUACCUCCAGGCUUUAGAGAAGGAGGGCAGCAUCUUGUCAAAACAGCAAGAGUCCCAAACUGUUGGUGACCAGACGGAUGCAGUCGACAUGGGGGGUAACAGAGAGAGCUCCUCCACAAUCGCACUCACAAGCCAGAUCCUUACUGUGCUGAAGGAGAAGCCUGCUCCAGAGCUGAGUCUGUCCAGUCAGGAUUUGGAGCUGGUUGCCAAGGAAGACCCCGGAGCUUUGGCUGCCGCUUUGAGCUGGGACGCGGAGAAGACGGUGACAGUGCAGCAGGCCUGUAAUCAGGAGCUCAGCCUGCGCCUCCAGCAGGUGCAGAGCCUGCGUUCUCUCCGGAACCUGUCGGCCAGGAAGAGUUCGCUGCCUGGAGAACUUAGGCAGGAGCCUAAGCGAGCCAGACAAGACCCCACAUAGCUGCAGCCGGAAACCCCGUGGCCUUGUUCUCAUUCUCAGUAAAUACCUUCAGCCUGAUUACUGUAGCUGCUGCCUUAAUACUGUACCCCCUGCCUGAUAGCACUUUCUGGAACAGCCUGGAAGACCAGCCUCCUGCGGUCCCUCCCAGAAAAGUGCUGUCACAUCUCAGCUCCCGCCCUUGCAUUUUUUGAAUGACAAAGCUGCACCAACAAUACCCCACCUCUUACUAAUGACCUGUUCUCAUGGUCUCUGUUUGAAAGUAAUGGUCAAGGGCAGUGAAAAGAAGCUGUUGUAUUUCAGACUCACUAUCCUUUUUCAGAAGCUAGAACUGCAGAAUUUUCAACACAGAUAAUGGUCAGGAAGGUGACGUACCAGAGUUGAUUUAUGGCCACAAAUUCGUUUCUCAAGUGAAUGAAUUUUUUGGUUUGUGUAAAGGCGCAUAUUAAGUCUGCAGACCAUAGGGACAUAUGGAGAGUCUAAUUCGCCAUUUCUAAUUGUGAAAUUAUAUUUGUUACCACUGUGAAACUGUUUCCAGUUUUCUAAUAUGUUUUAUCAGCAGGCGGUAUGAAAGGUCAUUAAACCGAUCUCCAUGUGA